UUUUCCUACAGAAACUGCAUUUUGAGUGUGUUACAUUCCCUCACAUACCCGAGCAGGACUCUCAAAGUAAUGAAAAUGCAAGGAUAAUGGAGUGACUCCCCCACCAUGUCUGCUGAGAAUGGCCAGGACCCACCUCACCCUCCUGCAGCCUCCCAGCACCCUGCAGAGUCCUUCGCCUCAGAGGAAGAGAAGGCCGAGGUGCAGCUGCCUAGGAAGAGUAAGCAAGAACCGCCACUGACUCCAGAGGCCAUCUACCAGCCGAGUAGGCCACCUGAGGAGGAGUGGGAGGAGGAGGACCAUCUGUCCAGGAGCGAGAGGCGAGGCCAGGGAAUAAGUCUGGGAGAAAAGGAGUAUCUGAACAAGGGAGAAUUUCUGGAGGAGAAGAAAGACUUUCUGGAGAAGAAAAAGGUGGUAGCAUACCUGGAAGAGGAGAACAAACUGAAAAGGAGAGAGAGUCUAUCUAAACAGGAGCACCAGAAGGUGGGGAAGCACCAGCAGAAGGAAAAGCACCUGGAAGAGAACACAGAUAAAGAAUCCAGGAUGGAUUUUUUACCACAAGCUACAUCUACUCUUAACUUGAGGAACCCAGCAGUCAGCCUCUCCCGGAUGACGACCUUACUAGAAAACCUGCCCAUCGUGCAAACGACCAGGAAAUCCUUCUAUGAAAAUGUCUACCCCCUGCUCUUCCUGCAGUCUGAGGAGCAACUCCUGCAGUUCCUUGACAAGACGACACAGACAGAGUGGCUUUAUAAGGAAAAGUGCAUUUCUCUCUGCCAUAUCACAAAGGAAAAAGGUGAAAAAGAAGGAGAAGAAGAAGAAGAAGAAAUUAAAACAAAAGAAGUUUACAAUGCAGUGACAGAAGGGAGCUCGGUGGCGUCACUGCAGACCAACAAAAACAUGGACUCAGAAGCCUACAUUUAUAUUGAUCCAAAAGUAAGUGAACAAGACGUGAACCUCACACCAUCUACUUCUAGAAGGAGCAUGUGGGAGGACAUAUUAAGUAGUUCCAUGUCACUUGGAAGCAUGGAAUCCAGUGAGAGUCUUGAAGACAAGUCCCAGACUAUGUUCAAGAAAAUACUGAAAGAAAUGACGGCUGAGGAUGACUUGGAGGAAGAUAUGGACAUUCCACUGACUGGGUACCUGGAGAGUGAAACCAGAAGGAAGCUGAGGAUCUUGCUGAAGAAAAAUGUUGAAAAAUACAAGGAAGUGAUCCUGUGGAUUCUUAAGAAGCGUGAACAUCUACUCGGCCAUAAAAUUGCACAAAAUAUCAUGACAUUCCAAUUAGAAGAUGACUCGCCAGCAAAGAAGGAUCCUGAACACCCUCCUGUUCAGCAGCGUCGUAAGAGGAAAUUAGAGAUCGACCAAGAAUGGGCUGUACAUAAACAAAGCCUGGCUGAGGGCUCGGAAGCUCAG